UUCACCGUGACCAGAACUACACAGCCAACGACAGAUCCAUAACCUGACGCCUACACACACCACGAGCACAUAGAUCAUUGUCUACCCCAGGGGCAAAAUAAUCACAUUUAGAGGUACCCCUUUAAGUGAAUGAUAUAUCCUAUACCCCUAAAUAAUUUCAAUUAGUCUCAGCAUUAGAUGCGGAGGGGUAAAGUGCACUCCCAUAUCAUACAGGUCCACAAUUACACUAAAGGAAUUUGGUUUGGUGCUCUUAUAAUAAUUUCUCACAAUCGCAAGCUUCUUUCUUUUUCAUUUUUUACAUUCCUUUGUCUUCCUGGUGGAGGGGGAACUUGUGGACGCAAAGCCAUUAGUAACAUGAUGGAAGUCUAAAUGUUCGCUAAUCAUGCCAUCAGUGCAUUCCAUCAGAAAACAGUCUGAAGGGCUGCUGUCCGAAGCCUGCAGAAACACCAGAGCACUACCUGGCAUGGCUUGGAAACGCUAAACAGGAUUUAAAUUGCAUUAAUGGAUCCUCGGUCCUAUUCUUAGCUUCAAAUCUCUCUCACCCUUCGGCCGUUGACAAGUGUCGGAGCUGCUGAGACUGUUUAGUGCUUUCCGUUGAGCAUAUGGAGAUAAAUAUAUAGCCGCUGUACGUAGAACACCGGCGUGAAACACGAGAGCCUGUUUUCCCUCGCCUCGCUGUUAAUGGGAUAAGACCGGGCUCACGUGAGUCUUGAUUGUUUUGUAGAUUGCGAUGUAUUUUUCGUCCAUUCCUUUCUAAAAUGAACGACAGUUAAAAAAAAACGGUGAAAUAUACUGAUGUAGGAUUCAUUUAAAUUUUCUGUCGCUUAACAAAUACUAAAUGGUUUUUCCCCCCGGUAUGUCUCAGUGUGUUUUGCGUCAAUGGGUAUUAGACACAAAGAAGGUGUUAGCCAUAAUCGAGUCUCUCUGGAAACACGCGGGAAGUAGAGGCGGCUGUCGCUGAAUGGACAAACGUGUCUUUUUGUUUCAGUCGAAACGUUUGUUCGGCAUCAAAAGCACAACUCAGAACUUGUCCCCCUCACUUCAAAACCCUGCCCCGCGGAAACCGGGGGAGCUGGAGAGGGGCGGAGGUCUGGGAAGAAGCUACAGAAAGAAAGCAGCAACGAAUCUGUGGUCUGCAAUUCGACUCCCACGUCCACGUUUGUUUCUGGUCUGCGGCCGUUCGGAAAAACGGUAGUUUUCGAGGCGUAAAGACAAUCAGAAUACUGUCAAUUCUGGAUUUCUUUAUCCGAUUCCUGGCGUCCAAGAUGAGGUUUAAAAGGAAUGGCUCCUAUACGUUAAAUAGGAAGUCCAAGACGAAGCCCAACGGGAAGAAGCCCCCGGCGGAAGAGAAGAAGCAGUACCUAGAGCCAGAGUUCACAAAGAUCCGCGUGCUGGACUUCGACGUCAAGGAGCUGGUGGUGCUGCCCAGGGAGAUAGACCUCAACGAAUGGCUAGCGAGCAACACAACGACGUUCUUCAACCUUAUCAACCUGCAGUACAGCACCAUCUCAGAGUUCUGCACCGGGGAGACCUGUCAGGCCAUGACCGCCUGCAACACGAUAUACUACUGGUAUGACGAGAGGGGGAAGAAGACCAAGUGUACCGCUCCGCAGUACGUGGACUUCGUCAUGAGUCUUUGUCAGAAACUGGUCACAGAUGAGGAGAUCUUUCCCACAAAAUACGGCAAGGACUUCCCCAACUCGUUCGAGUCGCUGGUGAAGAAGAUCUGCCGGUACCUGUUCCACGUGCUGGCCCACCUGUACUGGGCCCACUUCAAGGAGACGGUGGCGCUGGACCUGCAGGGACACCUGAACACUCUGUACGCACAUUUCAUCGUUUUCGUCCGGGAAUUCAACCUGGUGGACCCCAAGGAGACCUGCAUCAUGGACGACCUGUCCGAGGUCAUCUGCACCCCCGCGCCCCCCGCGCCGCCCGCCCCCCCCUCCGCCACCACCUCCUCCUCCUCCCCUUCCUCACAAAACCACGUGACGGAGAGAUGAGCAGGCCUGGAGGUG